UGAGACAAAACGACACAAACACGAGACGAACUGACUCAAGCGUUCAGCGAGACAUCUGUGAGAAGCAACAAACAAAAAAACAAAAGAAAAAAAAAAACACAUAAAUGAGAAGCGACACGAAAUAGGAAAACAAGAAAAAAUACAACACGAACAAAGUAUAAAGGCUUAAGCGAGAAAAAGAAACAACAACAACAACAACAACAACAACAACAACAACAACAACAACAACAAAAAUUACUAAUAUGAAAUAAUUAUAAAAAAUACAAGACGAACAGACAAAAGCGAUGAGGGGGACAAGACAGAAGGGACAGGGAGGGUGAGGAGGGGGGAGAAAGAUCGGCUUGGCUUGGCUGUGAGUUGUGGGCAGUCGCUGGUAGAGGCCGCCACUCGCCAGGCAGUCAUAUAGUCACUGUUAAUCACGGAACAACAGCAUAUAAGACUUCUGUGAACCGGCAGACACCACGCCCCGCCCCACGCCUUACCACUGCCGGGAGGAGGGUGAUGGAGAGUGGUUGGUGUUGGCAGCCUUGGUGAAAGAGAGAGAGAGAGAGGGAGGGAGAGAGAGGGAGAGGGGCACUGGGAGCGAGAGUGGAAAGAAUGAAGGGAGUCGUGGGGGGUGGAUGUGGUGGGUUUGUGGAAUGAAGAUAGUGUGUGUGUGUGUGUGUGUGUGUGUGUGUGUGUGUGUGUGUGUGUGUGUGUGUGUGUGUGCUCUAUACUCACGCAUUUUCUCCUCUACGUGCUUACAAUCACAUUCGCUUCGUCUACAAUAUAUUUCUCUCCUCUCUACUCAUUUCCCUCUCCUCUACAUUCAUGUCUUCAAGUGUUGUCAUCUUUCGCAUAUUUUUCUUCUAUUUUUUGUUGGGUUACAUCGGCGCUGUCCAGACCAGACCAGUGCCAGGAGAGGAAAUAGCUCAACGUUUGACAUAAUCUUGUAGUUUGCUGGUAAUUAUAGUAUGGGCUGGAAAUGGUUGAAGCAAAUAGCAACACUUCAGGAAUUUUGUAAAAGAAACUAAAGAAAUAUGAUUACUACUACUACUACUACUACUGCUACUACUACUACUACAGCACAUCUAAUGACAUAGGUUUAGAAAUAUAUUACUGCCCUUUCUAAUCGGCUGCAAAUAGAACAUAACACCCAGUACUUCAUAUUAGCAAAUCCUGAAUAAUUUUACAGAGAACAUACAUGACGGGAGAUCCUGUGAGAUUAGGACCACUCGACCACUCUGUCCUGUCUGUGGCGCCAUGUUGCACUGGUGUCUGUAUGAAAGUUAAGGAGACGCCAUAAGAGUCAGUCACCAAACCGCCUCUCCAUGAAGUGUUUCUACUAUAAAAGUGUCCAUGUUGAUGUUGGAGAUAAUGCAACAUCACUCGGCCGUCUUCUCUUACGACUUGCUCCAUGCUCCGGUGUCUGUCACGCUCCACACUCCCCAGAUAGUUCAGCCUUGCAAUGUUCCUUGAAGUGCUCCAUGAGACAACAAAGCCACGACCAGCCUGUCCUUAACAAGCAUCGUGAGCAAUGUAUUAGGAGGCUACAAACCCCCUCUCUGCCAUCUUGUCGCCGCGUCCUUCUGGCUGUGCCUUUUUCUAGUGUUGUGUUGUGUGUUGGUCUGUGUUGCCGUGUUGCUGUGAGCGCCGUCUCCCUCACGAGGUGCCGGCGCCUCCUGCUGACUCACCGCCGAGACUCUUGAGCCGCAGGGCGACACGUGGGUCCUGUGGAGUCCUCGUUACCAGUCUGGCUCCAAGUGUUGCUGCGGCGUGACUCAACGCUGCCGCCGCUGACGAAGGCCCGCCGCUGCAGGCAUGACGGCAACCAUUGUGUGGCGUGUGGCGCUUGAGGGAUUUACAUUCUUGCCGCUACAGCAGGACAGUAUUUGCUGCUGCGGCGUCCUCCUUAUGGCCCUGAAGCAGCAGUGCCGUGGCAGCGUGCAGGGAGUUCCUGCAGGUGGCGCUGUAGCACCCAAGGGUUACUUGUCUUGUUGCCGGCACGGCUUCCUUCCCUUCAUUACGACCACACUGUUUACAUUUCCAGUAAACAUGUUCCUUGAGUGUUACGGUGACGCCAAGGCCUGACUUGAGGAGGAGGUGCCGUGCCGGGGGCGCAGCCCCUAAGCUUACAAAAUGACGUACGAAGCUUGUGAUCGCCAUCACAUCUUCGCCCAAGGGAGGGGGGCGGGGGCGUCGCGAGGGUUGGGGUUGGCGGGCACAGCUGCGGGAAGGGGUUGGGGUAGGUAUUCCUAAAUUUGCCUCUUCCCCUGCCCCCCGGCGCGGCUCAACAAGAUGGCCGGAAGGCUGAUGAGUGAGGGGAGAGGGGAGGGGGAGGGGCGGAGGCCUCCUCUCCCAGGUAACAAAACGAGACUGUGUCCGGGAGCGUGGCCAGACACGGGGCGUCACGGCCGCCAGAUGCAGGGCGGCGUGCGCCUGGGUGGAGGCGCGGGACGGUGGAGGGAGAGGGCACCGCGGUGGGGUGGGUGCCGGUGGGUGGUGUGAGGUGUUGGCACACCUGGCACUAUCCGGCGGGCAAAUGGCGGGCGUCGGGCGACCAAUGGCAGCGGCGAGGCGGCUUGGCCACACCCAAAGGUUGGGCAGCACCAAUGAGCGGCCCAGGUGGCGCGGUGCCCUGGGCGGCGGGGCGCGGACCUAACACCUGCUAGUCGCCCUGGCACUGCGUGAGGGCCCGCCGGAACCUGCACUCGUGGCGCCGGCAUGGCACACACCGUCCACCGCGCCCUCGCACCGCCCACCUGCUAGUUCGAGGGUCAGCGGCUCCCCGCGCCAACAUGCGGGCUUCCUGAGGGGCUCCUUCCGCGCCUCGCUAGCAGGAAGGAGCUGACACAAAGCCGCGAGCAGCAGCCUGAGAGCACACGGCAGUGAGUGUGCCCGAGGGAGCAGCUGUUCCGCAGGACACAUGAGAGCUGAGUCAUCGGCGCGUCGGUCCGUCAUGUGAGCUGCUAUGGGGCCCAUCCGAGCCUUCAGUCGACCCUCACUCGCUGCUGGGGAGUUCGUCGCUUCGGCCACCCCCUACAGCCACACACCGGGCUUCUCUGCCUCACGCCGCCCUUGCUCCGCGCACGCCAGCACGUCCCUGGGGCCGCAACACACCGUCCUGCCUCACCCCCAUCUGUACAGCUCGGUGUGCGCGGCGGGCCCCCUGCACGCCGGCCUGGUGUCCUCCCCAGCGGCGCCGCAACCAUGUCUCUUCCACUUUGGGAAGCUCUUGCCACCAGGAGCGGCGCCGCCAGACACCCACUUGGCCGCGCCAGCACACCAGGACACGAGAAGCGCCAGCCAGCGAGCGACGGGACACGCCCUGGGACACGAGAGGCAGAGGAAGGAUAUCUAUGAACACGGAUGGAAAAAUGGUAGUGAAUGUGAGUGGAAAAAUAAGGAUGAGCGAAAAUUAAAGAAAAAGAGUAGUGAAAACAUAUGGAAAAAGCACAAGCAGGAAAGUAAGUGGAAGCAACAUAACGGUUCACACAAGCGCAGUGCGAAGAAAUCAGAAUACAAAUGGGAAAAGUUCGGCGACGCGCAGCUGUGGACGAGAGGCGAGGACGACAACAAGCGGAAGAACAAGAAGGAAAAACUGAAGUGGAACAAAGCCCACCGCGAGCAGCAUGACUCCGGCACGGAGAGGCGGAGAGCCAAGUGGAGUAAGGACAAGCCCGCGCGGCAAGCCGUCGCCGCCCCCGCCAGCAGGGCCGAGGAGCCGUGCACGUCACGCAUCACUUGCGCCUUCCCCUUCUCAGAUGACGACGACGAUGAUGACUACGGCCACGAGGGAAAAGGCAACAAGGAAGGCAAUGCAGAGUCGUGGCCGAUCUCAGACAUCGUGGAGACUGAGGACGAGGAGGCAGAGAGCCAGGCAGGGCACGCACGGGACGCAGCGGCUGCCGAGGCCUCUCAGUGUGCCCCUUCUGGCCUCGCGGACGCUGCCGUAGGCGAGGCAGAGUCUGCGGGCGUGCUGCACCAACCCCUGCCGUCUGCUGUAGACGACGUGAAGGCAAUCAUAACGCAGAAUGGAUCAGAGGGCGAGGGCGCCUGCAGUGACCCGCGGAACGCCCUGGAGUGGCAGGACUCUCCCCCACCAGGAGAACAGUGUGACCUACUCAAGGAAUCCGAUGUGGAUGAUGAAAAUAACUCCGAGGAACAGAUGGAACAUGAUGACGAGCGCAAGAGGAGACCAGGGGAGGAGGACUACCCGAGGGACAGCGUCCGCGCCACGCAGCGCCUCCGUCCCCGCAGCUACAGGCAGUUCCUCCUGACGAGGGAGCGCAAGAGUCGGGUGUUCCUGAAGGAGAGGAGCUACCACCUGGGCCGCUGGUUCGUGACGCACUUCACGCACCCGUACCCUUCCAAGGACCAGAAGGACGAGCUGGCGGCGCGCACCAGUAUGACCCGUAACCAGGUGAGCGAGUGGUUUGGAAACAUGAGGCGCAGGAUUCGGGAGGCGACGCGGGGCCUGGGAGUGUGUUGGGAGGAGCGGGUGCGUCUGUACAACAAAGUGAUCACGGGGAAGUCUGAGCCGCUCCCUAUACAGCCUGGGGACGCCAUCAACACCUGGGUGCCCCCUGUGGCUGAAGAGUCCCCGAGCCUGGACCAGCAGGAGGAAGUCUGUGCCUCGCCCAAGUUCAAGAAGGCUCUCAUGCAGCGUUACCUCAACAACUCCUUCGAGGCGCCGCCCCACCACCCUUCAGGAGGUGACUCGCGCCCAUCCUCCACGCCCACUCCUUCUGUGCAACAGGAGGAGGACUUGAAUACCUCGCAGGGAUACCACAAGUCCUCAGAGUCCUCCAAGUCCAGUCCUGUGACCUACGCCCUUCCGCUGUGCACCUCCAGCCCAAAGGAAAGCUUCCAGGCUCGAUGGAACACCUCCUUCCAGAACGUCAAGGUCACCAAAUUUCCAGCCGUAACGACGAGGUUCCUGGACAAGGGUGACGUUAGAGUGAGGCCCUUUGGCGGCAGGGGGCAGGGGGAGGAGGAAGGAAAGAUAGUCAGAAAGUAUGAGCGGCAGAGGAAUCAAGACUACUCGUCUGCCAACUUUAAAAAGCAGAAGACUGAAAGAGACUCUUUCCAGUCUUCCAGUCCCUGUUGCUCCUCUUCCCUUCCACUGGACCCACGCAAGGCUGCCGGGGAUGGCUGGAGGGCACUUGCCAGCACCUCCACCGCCCACUUUCAGCCGUCGCCCUGGAUGGUUCGCAGGCCUGUCUUCGAUGUGAGGUCUUCAGAUAAGGAGGGCGGGGCUGGGUGCUGCACGAGAAAGCCCGAGGAGCUGGCCGCCGCCUACACCUUGAUGGAGCUGCACACGGACACGGCCGCGGCACACCUCAUGUCCUCCGCUCCCUGCCCGCCGUCCCUGUCCUCCUAGCUCCCGGGACAUACAGAGAGGGACCCUCCAUCUCAUCCUCAUCCAGCUUUCAUCGCGUCUUGAGCAGUUUUAUGAGGUUUAUGAAGUGAUUACAAGCUCGAUUGGUGAUGAUGGAUUUUACGGACGAAAGAAAACAGAUGUUGUGGUCUGCUAGAGGGUCUGGUGAACUAUAGAGGAAGAUUGAAAGCCUGAAAGUCUGUCUAGUGGUUUUCUUAGCGUUGGUAACCUUGCAUGUUGAUAAGGCAGAUGUGGCCCCAAGCAGACCUUAAGAAAACAUUUUUCUUGGUACCUUUUGGUGAUUUGUAUUCUUCUUUUGUGAUAUUUCGGCCUCGUCUCGGCUCAGCCCAGUGCCAACUCAAGUGUUGAGGUACUGUCCACACAAACUUUCCAGUGAUCAGUGCAAACGAGUGAAUGGACCCGUGGGAGUCGAGGCGUGUCUUCGAGGUGACUCUGCGUGAUGCGUGAAAGAGACUUGUAGCCUAAAACUAGGAAAAUGUUAAGUUUCCAUAGUACAACUCUUCACUGUGUACAAAUAGUAACUCCUGAUGUACAAGACGAGCAACACCCGCACACCCACACAACACCCGGCUUGUGCCCCGCCCUUGUUACUCUUGCCACGUCGUCAGUGUCGCGUCUACCUGUGUGCUUCUGGCUCAGACUUGACUGUUCUCGUCGCGGCCACGGAUCUACGAGCGGCGUGCUGAGUAAGCGCUACAGCCACCAGGACCGCGAGUGUUACAAGAACGCGAGUGCGUGGACAAGUGAGUCCAAGGGAAGGCGAGUGUGCGCUGCAGCUCGGCAGCAAAGAGACACAAGGUGGAGCCCCGUGCCGCCACGCCCCGGGACCAACAAGCUUCCCUUAGCACCCCGGCCCUCAAGCUCGUGGCUGGACUAUUACUACGUUGUUGUUUUGUGUAGAUUUUAAGCCUUCAAAGCAGGUCUUUGAACGAGGAGUUUGUAGGCAUCACUCAAGUGCAAAAGAGUGUUCACUUCGAUGGUUUGCGUUCUAGUAAGCCAACACUUGCUUGAGUCUAGUCUUUCAUGAAGCCGUUCCGCCGCAGUGACGAGGGAGGGCAGUGUGGGGUGCGCACCAGCGUACCCAACGCCUUGUGGAAACACCAGCACGUCAGGGGGUCAGUGGUGAGUCCUGCAGCAGUCACUCUGCGUCACACUACCGGCCCAACCUGAGCAAGUUUAGCAGUACUGGUGUUAACUCGAUGCCCACCCCCGCCAGCACCCAGGCGGUGCGCAUCACCUGAAGGGGCACACACCUGUGAAACUGUGAAGCUGUGAAAAUUACGUUGCCACGAGUGAGAUGGUUUUGCAGGAUGAAUGAAUUUUUGUUGUAUUUUCAUUAAGUGUUACUGCUUCUGUUACAGUGAACACCUGUGAGACGUAAACUUUCUUACGUGUCAUAACCACACCCACACCCAACCUCUCUCUCUCUCUCUCUCUCUCUCUCUCUCUCUCUCUCUCUCUCUCUCUCUCUCUCUCUCUCUCUCUCUCUCUCUCAUCCCCCAUCUCCCAACAUGUACAUAGCUGCCUUGUGACUGAGGCUGCCCCGUGGGUGUCCCAAGCAAUGCCUCUCUGUAUAUAGGAACAAACGUGUUUUCAAACUGUUUUCGCCAGGAUCUGCGCCCUGCCGGCCCAGACCCUCCUUCCCUCAGCUAGUCAGACCCAACACCUUCUAGUCAGCAGCUCGCCGGGAGAUCAGCAUGCGCCUCCAUCAAGUCACUACCUCCGCCCCUCACCAGAGAACCUUCUGGCCACUGCAUACACUCUUUGGCGCUGAGGUACGCUGGGACGGCGCUGCCUGAGUCACUUGUCAGGGACACGCUGCACCACGCACCACGCCCCCCUCAGAUGGUGGUUGACCAAGUCCAGAGGGGAUUGACCGAACCAAUGGUGGUUGACCGAAUCCAGAUGGUGGCUGACCAAACCGGAUGGUGGUCGACCAAGUCCAGAGGUGGUUGACCGAACCGGAUGGUGGUUGACCGGGUCCAGAUGGUGGUUGACCAAGUCCAGAUGGUGGUUAACCGAGUCCAGAUGGUGGUUGACCAAAUCCAGAUGGUGGCUAACUGAACUAAUGGUGGUUGACCGAAUCCAGAUGAUGGUUGACUAAAUCCAGAUGGUGGUUGACUAAAUCCAGAUGGUGGUUGACCAAGUCCAGAUGGCAGUUGACCAAGUCCAGAUGGUGGUUGACCGAACCAAUGGUGGUUAACCGAACCAAUGGUAGUUGACCGAAUCCAAAUGGUGGUUGACCAAGUCCAGAUGGUGGUUGACUAAAUUGUAUGGACUGUGGUCGACAAGUCCAGCAGGUCCAGACAGGUGGAGGGUGUGGGUGGUGGUGGCUGUGUCGUGGGGACGCCAGGCAGCCAACAGGAAUACUGGUGGCCUGAUAACACAGCAACACUGGUGGCCUGGUGACACAGCAACACAGCAACACUCAGCAGCGCCCCUCCCUCAGCAGUCCUGCAGCGCACUAGUCACCUGCAGCCUGGAGUCUGGUUAUCCCUCCCCGCCUCUCUCCCUCCCUUCCCCUGCACGCUAGUCUUUCGGGAAGAGCCUUGUCUUGAUGCAGAGGGAGCUGCUGCCCCUCUCCCUUCCCCUCCCACUAGUCGACAUUGCAAGAUGAACGAAAGCACAACAAAAGCACGACAUUGUCCAUUGGCUGUGAGCACACGCUCUGUGAUAUUGAACCACAUCCUUCUGCAGUACAAAGUUCAGGUGCUUUUUCAAUCUCUUUUCUUCGUAAUUUAUAUCAGUGGUCUAAGAAACUAUUUUCUUUGUUAAUAAUUAUGUGGUAAACUAUUGUGUUUUGAAGCCAGGGUAGCCAAGGUUCUUACUUCCCUCAAAAGAAAGAAUUCCUGGUGGUUUAGCAUGCAGAGUGGGCAUAAAAGCAUCAGAAAAUAAGGGAAGCUGCAAGAAGCCAUUAGGCCUACACAUGGCAGUCCCUGAGUGAUCGCCUGGAAGAGUAUAAUGUUAAAGGCUCACUCAAAUAUGAAUUUACAAUUAUUACAAAACACAUUCUAUAAUACCACUAGGACUUCGACUUGACAGUCCCUCCUGUCCUUGGUAAAUGACCCGUCCCUUGUCACAAUUCACACAUUUAUAAGGAGUUUUGUCUACGGGGAUACCGAGGAGUGUUCUUACAGGGACGACUUUGGCAGUGGAAGGUACUGGUGUGUCUGGGAAUGUAAGGACCUUUGCCCUGCUUCGCCUUUGUGAGCCUUAGCACCGAGAUGAGUGCCAGGACUGAGUGUUACUUUAAUGGGAAUAAAACAUUCUUUCUAAA